AUGACCUCCAGUAAAGACAUGAAGGCAGGUUCUGUGUUGCAGUCCAGCAGCGAAGAGAGGAGGCGGGCUCCCUUGGACCAGCUCCCGCCGCCAGCCAACUCAAACAAGCCUUUAACGCCUUUCAGCAUUGAGGAUAUUCUAAACAAACCGUCGGUUAAAAAGUCGGUCGCCAGUAUCUGUCCGCCGAGAGUGUUGGAGAAAGUGACGGGCUCCAACUCGGCGCGGAACGGGAUCACCACUCCCUCGUCGCCGCUGUGCGCACUGGAGGAACUGGCCAGUAAAACAUUUAAAGGUCUGGAAGUCAGCGUUAUCCAGGCGGCAGAAGGUCGUGAGCAUCUAAACGCUUUCGGCCAAAGACAGACGUCGAAAAAGAGGAGAAAGUCACGGACGGCCUUCACGAACCACCAGAUUUAUGAACUGGAGAAGAGAUUUUUGUAUCAGAAGUACCUUUCUCCGGCCGACCGUGACCAGAUUGCGCAGCAGCUGGGUCUCUCCAACGCGCAGGUCAUCACCUGGUUCCAGAACCGCAGGGCCAAACUCAAGCGGGACCUGGAGGAGAUGAAAGCGGACGUGGAGUCACUAAAGAAAAUCACCCCACAGACCCUGCAGAAGCUGGUCACCAUGGACAAUAUAGACGAUCCCCAGGGUGGAGACCCAGGGGCGAGAUCACCCAGUAUCUCCCCGACCUCCCAAGGACACCGGGCCUUCCCACAGUCCCCCUCCUCGUCCAGAGACCAAACCACGGAUGAAUUCUCGGAGGACGACGAGGAAAUAGAAGUGGACGAUUGACAGUCAGGUGGCGUGAGAUUUUCAUAACCAACAACAAAAAAGAGUAUUAAAAUGGGGGCAUUUUUCUUCCCAAACUUUUGCACGGAUAUUGUCAAAAAGGAGAAUAUAUACAUAUAUAAACAUUUCUGGAUUUUUUCCCCUCCUCCUUUUCUCAAUUUUAAUUUAUUAUUUGGACUUGUAAAACCACCAGUGUUCACCGAAAUAUUUGAGGAAUAUCUGGUUUCCUUCAGACAGACCCAACAGUUAUGGUACAGGAAGACUGAAAACUUGUCUAAACAUUUUUUUUUUUUUUUUAAGUAUUUUACAGUCGUUUAAAGAAGGGGUUGGAGAU